GAGAAGAAGAAAAUAAGAAGUAACCCGCCAAAAGAAAAAAGAUCUCUGGCUUCAGAAAAGUUGUAAACUAAAGUUUGUACAGAAUAUAGCGAUUGCAUGUUAUCUAUUCCAGAAUCCUGAAUAUCAAAUAUUUAUUAGGAUUCAUAAAAAUUUAGAUCAGGUUAUCUAAUUGGAUUUUAUAUUCGUUUUUACAAAAAAAAAAUAAAAAGAUGGCCAGUAGUAGCUGUACUGGUAGCAAAUCUGACGAAGAGGAAGAAGAAAUGUCGUGUUUCAAGAAAGAUGCCCUUUCUGUUGUAACAUUCAGAGUAGUGUAUGACAAAAUGAAUGUAGAAAAAAAUAAAUAUCCAGAAUUCAAACCUAUAAUGGCUCAUCAAAUUUUUGGUGACAGUGAAAGCAUUUUUGGAUAUCGAUCAUUAUCAAUAAACCUAUAUUAUCUCCACAAUUCAGCACGGUGCUACGUGGAUCUUCAAGCAUCAGGAGAAAUUAAAGGAGGUUUAAACCAACCUGAUGACAUCAUGAAAUCCUUGGAUCAGUAUCUACCAGAAAACUACACAACUGAAAAAAAUGAAUUUUUAAAAAUGAUAGAAAAUGAAAUACACGAUACCAUCUUUGGAACGGUUUUGAAUGAAUUUAAAGACACUAAAAAGAACGAAAUCAUCCCUAGUCAGGAAGAGUACGCUAAAUACAAGAUUACACUUUGCGACACAAAAGAUGAAAAAUUUCAACAAUUCCAUAGUAGGUUUGAGACUUUUAUUACUUGGUUCAUUGAUGGAGCCAAUUUCAUAGAUCUGACUGAUGAAAGGUGGAUGAUUUUUUAUGCAUUUGAAGAAGUAUUUCAUCCAGAAACAGGAAAGCCCUACAUCACUCCAGUUGGGUACUGCACCGUUUAUAAAUUUUUAGCGUAUCCAAAUAAAAUUAGAGCCAGAAUAAGUCAGUUCUUCGUACUUCCUUCCCAUCAGAAGAGAGGGAUUGGGACUAGUCUUUACCAAACAGUGUUCAAACAUAUUCAAGGAAUUGCUGACGUUGUGGACAUCACAGUAGAGGAACCAACUCUAACGUUUCAGAGAAUACGAGAUGUAGAUGACUGUUCCAUAAUUUAUAACAAAUUGAAAGAAACUGGUAUAAGUUUGACAAAUAACAAUUUGAAAAAGAUCUUCAAUAUUAUAAAAACAAAUAAAAUAUGUAGGAAACAAUGUUUGAGAAUAUAUGACAUUUUGAGGGCUUAUGAGGCUAGUCAAAAUGUAGAUAAUUACAAAAGUUUUUUGGCUUGUAUAAAGGAACGCAUCCGUUCUGAAAAUGAAAAGGAAACUAGGGGUAGUAAAAAAAGACAAAAUAUUUUAGGUGCGGCUACUAAUCUAGAUGUCACAGAAAAGAAUGCACUGAUAGAAGCUAACUAUAAAAAAUAUAUUGAGGAUAUUGAACAGUCGAUGAAAAAUUUUAGAAAAAAAUUGAAAAUAACCAUUGAAUAGUUGUGGGUAUUUUUCUCUCCCAGUAAGUCCAGUUGCCAAAAGUCUGUAUUUGAAAUAAUUAGGUUUCUUCACUGUUUUCAAGAAAUAUUAUAAUAUAGUAAUAAUCAGUAACUUUUUUAGCAUUAUUUUGAAGAGAGAUGGUAAGACUUUCAGGAAACUUCCAAUAAAACAAACUCUGUCAUUUUAAAUUUUUGCAUUCAUUUUGUAGUCAGAAAAAAACUGAAAAUAGUUUUCAAUUGGUGUUUGUAUAUUUAUUUAAAAUUAACUUGUUUUGUAUUUUUCCUAAGUGUCUAUGUUCAUUUAAAGUUUUUUUUCAGUCAUGUAUUUUUUAAAAUAAAAUUGACUAGUUUUAAAGUUAUCCACUUUGUGAAAUUCUCAUUAAACAAAUGAUUUGUCUAUGAA